AUGGGAACGGCGGUUGGGCAGUGGCUAGAGGAAGCGCUGGUUGAUCUCUGCGGGAAUACGGAGUCCGGUUUAAAUUUCGAUCGUGAUGUCAUCUCCGGUUUAGUCUCCUAUUGCGAUCUCGCUCAGCCUGUUGAUGCCAAGGAGUAUCUCGACAAUAUUAUCGGAAAAGAAGGCAAAAGCAUCAUUGACGAAUAUUUACAGAGAAGAGGAUACAAAGAUCCAUCCAGCCAUGUAGCAGCCAGUUCCAGUUCAGGUCCCGAACUGCAAAUGUACGUGAAGCCAAAAGUGGAUAACAAUGCUUCUAUUGGAAACAGAAAACCUUUCAAAGCUCCGAAAGAGGGAACAUCUUCUAAUCACCAAGCUGGAACCGGAAAAGCAACAGCUCCAACCCCUAAAGCCAAUCCUAAGAAGAAAAAAGGUGGAAAAGUGAUUUCUCUAGCAGAGGCAGCUAAAGGAUCGAUAGUGUUUCAGCAAGGGAAACCCUGUGCAUGUCAAGCUCGUAGACACAACUUAGUAAGCAACUGCUUGUCCUGUGGGAAGAUAGUGUGUGAGCAAGAAGGAGAAGGGCCUUGCAGUUUCUGCGGAGCACUCGUGCUAAAAGAAGGAAGCACAUACGCUGGGCUUGAAGAAGGGUACACUCCAGUAUCUGAUGCUGAUGUAGCAGCUGAAGCGUACGCGAAGAGGCUUGUGGAGUACGAUAGAAACUCUGCCGCACGUACAACUGUUAUUGAUGACCAGAGUGAUUACUAUGAAAGCGAGGGUAGUACUUGGCUUUCUGCAGAGGAGAAAGAGCUUUUGAGGAAGAAGAGAGAGCAGAUUGAAGAAGCGGAAAGAGCUAAAAAGAGCAAAGUGGUCAUGACAUUUGAUUUAGUAGGCCGAAAGGUACUGUUAAACGAAGAUGAUAUCACAGAACUAGAAUCAGGGAACAGGAUUCUAGGACCACCGGAGACUAAGAACGUGAACAGGAUUAAACCGAACCCGACGGCAAAACUCAUCCCAAUCUUCUUAGAUCCUGGACCAACCGAGAAGAAGCCAAACAGCAACAGCUCCUCUAAGAGAGACAACAAGAAAAACCGCAACGGGUUGUGUCUAGAGAUCACAGGAAGAGUGCAACAUGAUAGGAGUGAGCUUAAGUACUUACAAGCCGAUCCAUCAUCAGUAAUCGAUGGCCUUCAUGUAGAAGAUGGUGGUGAAUGUUCCUUAGAUUACGACUGA